AUGUUCUAUAGAAAUCCUAAUGAGAUUUUUAUAGAGGAAUUGCUGGCAGCCUAUGACCUUUUAAAUGAGCAAAAAUCUCCAAAUUUAGCUAUUAGUCAUAUAGUAUUAUCUUAUCCUCUUCCUAAAUGA